AUGACGACUGUUGAAAGAGAAAGUUGGCUCGAGGAGCCGUCCGUAAGUGAAGAGGCCAUCACUAGACAAUCUGGAGCUGGAAACCCUUGUAACGAUCACAAUGAACCUGGAAAUCAUUCGGAAGGAUCCAUUGCUGAUUCCUCUCACAAUUCUGGUGACGAAUUUGAGGGAGACCUCUGUCGCCAUUGCCAGGUUCUUAUUGUCGAUGACCGGGAUUUUCUUUUCCCAGCAGAGACAAUGGACGGACACACGACAACCAUAUUUCCAACGAGAGACAGCACGCAAUUGUCUGAACAACUUGAUUCUGAGGCAUCGAACGUAUCGGAAAAAGCACCUUCAGAGAAACCGUAUCAUCUCGACACUUCCAUACUACGGCAGCAUCAACUGCUCGGUUCCCCUGAGUUCGAGCCAAUGGAAGAAAACUCCGUUACUGGAGACAUAAAUCUGUACCCAUUUGAAGACUCUGCUACGGAUACCACAGCGUCUUCAGCACCCACAGAGCAAUCAAACCGGGCUAGUAAUAGCUCUUCCAAUUCUGAGAACCUAAAGUUACAAAGCUAUCUCUUGAGCCGCCGCUCAGGAUCUGAGGAGAUUCGAAAUCUAUCGCUGCCCUAUAAGCGAAUUGAUGAAUGGCCCGGCCUGCCGUGUCUUUCUCGAUCCUCACACAACGGUUGCAAAUUCUGUAAAAUACUGUUACUUGCAAUCCUUAAAGAGAUACAGGGCCCAGAAGGCGGAGAGGGAGAACACCAUGAUUGCAAAAGAAUCAAAAUAGACAACCUUAAAUACAGGUGGUCUUCGAAAUGGGGGCUUUCACUCAUAAAGGUAAACGUAGCAUUUAUGCAAGAACAAUCUGACGUCAAUAUCAACAAACAACUUCUGUUUACAGUCGAAUGUGAAGCAGGUAACUUAACUUGA